UUUUUAACUCGUUUAGGAAACUGUGAUUUCUAUUCUUAUAUGAAAAGUGAUUUCUUAAAUCAUUUGAGCAAUGAUCAUGUAAAGUGUGACCAAUUCCAUUGCGAUAUUUGUGAUAAAUCAAAUGAAAAUGGAUUUGUAGCGCGCAAUCCGAUAGCGUUCGUUAAACAUUUUAGUGUGCACAAUAUGAACACAUAUCAAUGCAUUUUUUGCUUAUUUGGUGCAGAAUCGCUCAAUCUUAUGAUCAUUCACUUAGCGAUGGAGCAUUUUGAAUACGAACCGUUAUGCUUGGAGCGAAGUCUGAUAGACAUUUUUUGCGACGACAAAAAGAUUGAAAAUCUUAUGAUUUUGAACAUUAAGAAAUCCAUACCCGCUGGUAUAAUGAAAGUUGUGGAUGCGAAACCACUAAAAAAUGUCAAUAAAAAAAAAUGUGAAACAGAUCCCGCUGACACAAUAUGUACGAAUGCGGAAUCAGUUAACAUCGACAAUACUACUCAGGUCUCAAAAAGAAGUAUUAAAGAUGUGGAGCACCCAUCAAAAAACACACUAAAACCGGCCAUUGACAACAAGAAUAAUACGAUUACAUCCGAUGGAGUGAAAAGAAACGUUCUAAGAGAUGAACAACAAAUUCCAAAUGUUGAGGCAUCAAUCGUAAGUGAGAAAAAAAUAACAUCAGUGUCAAUUUAUGAAAUUAUGAACAAUAUUGAAUUAAAAAAAAAAAUUGGAAAACCAUUUAAAGAAAAAGGUUUAAAAACCCUUUCAUCUGACGAACGAAUCGAUAAGUCCAAAAAACAUACAAAUAAGAAAUUGGAUAAUACAUGUAAAAAUAAUGAAAUUCGUCAAAAAAGUCCAGGAAACAUGAGUUCAAUUACGAAAGCAGUUGACAUUGAAAAUACUAGACAACUGCCAAGAAGAAGUACUAGAAAUAUUGUUAACCGAUCAAAAAACGCAAUAAAACCGGAAAUUGAUCACAAAAAUAAUACGGUUACAUCUGACGAAGUGAAAAAAAAUGUUCCAAAAGAUGAUGCAAAACGAAUUCCAAAUAGUCGGGCACCUAUCGAAAAAGAAAAAAAGAAAUCAUCCGAACUGGCAAUUUGUGAUAUUGGAAAAAAUCACACAACAAAACAGGAAAUUGACAACAAAAAUAAAACUGUUAUAUCUGACGAAGCGGAAAGAAACGUUCCUAGAGAUGAUGCAAAACGAAAUCCAAAUAGUGGGGCACCAAUCGAAAAAGAAAAAAAGAAAUCAUCCCAACUGGCAAUUUAUAAUAUUAGAAAAAAUAACACAACAAAACAGGAAAUUGACAACAAAAAUAAAACUGUUAUAUCUGACGAAGCGGAAAGAAACGUUCCUAGAGAUGAUGCAAAACAAAUUCCAAAUGGUGGAGCAUCAAUCGAAAAAGAAAAAAAGAAAUCAUGCCAACUGGCAAUUCAUGAUAUUAUAAAAAAUAUCACAACAAAACAGGAAAUUGCCAGCAAAAAUAAAACUGUUAUAUCUGACGAAGCGGAAAGAAACGUUCCUAGAGAUGAUGCAAAACAAAUUCCAAAUAGUGGAGCAUCAAUCGAAAAUGACAAAAAUAAAACAUCAGAUCUGGCAGUUAAAAUAGAUAUUAAAUCCAAAAAAGCCAUUGGAAGACCAGUUAAGGAAAAGUCUUUAGAAACCACUUCAUCCGAUGAACCGAUGGAGCAGAGCAAGUCGAUUUCUAAAAAAAGUAGUGGUACGUUUAGUUAAGUUAGAUCGAUUUCAUAGGCGCAAAUAAUGUGAGGCAUGAGCGGGCUUGGUCACGUGAUAGAAAUAUUGAGCCCCCUAAUCUCCGAAUUUAUCGUUUAAUUUAU